GCACAAACAAGCUUCAUGUGAUAGUUCCACCUGUUGCAGCACGUAAUGCGCACGCCGGGCGUUCUAUAAGUACUCUGCCUCUUUUGAAGAUUACUCUCCAUCCUUCCAUCUACUUUCUCUUUAUCUGAGCAUCGCGCCUCCUUCUCUCCCUCUUUCGCUCAUUAAUCAAGCCUGAGAUAUUCAUCUGUCCCAAUCGCAACCAUGGCUGCUCCAUCAAGCAAGACCGCCAAGAACCUCACUGGCAAAUGGACUAUGAACAAGACCCUCUCUGACUCCUCAGAGCCGGUGCUUGCCCUCCAGGGCAUCGGCUACCUGGUCCGCAAGGGAAUCGGUCUCGCCACCAUCACCAUCCAGGUAGAGCAGUACGAGGGCCCUCCCAGCCCGCCCAGCACGGCAGCCGACGUCGUCGUCCACAUCGACAUCACGCAGUCCGCCUCGGGCCUGUCCAGCACACAGGAGAACCGGUGCUUCGACGACCUUGAGCGCGAGCACACCGACUGGCUGUUCGGCACCGUCAAGGGCCGCAGCCGCUGGGCCAAGCUGGACGAGAUCACCGACGAGUACCUCAAGAAGGGCUGGGAGAUUGAGGGCGACGGCCAGUUUAUUGUAAACUCCGCUAAGAAUGAGGAGAAGGGCUGGACUGCCCAGCAGGUCUGGGGCUUCCAGGUCAUUGACGGCGAGCGUAGGUACUGCCGGAAUAUCGUCGUGACCAAGGGAAAAGAGCGGGCUCAGAUCCGACUUGUUUACGACUACAACGGUGAAGAGUAAGAAGGGGAAAGGGGACAAAUCUGACCAAAGUGGCAGGAUAUAGGGUGAGAGAACGAAAGUAUCCGACUAGGAUUAUGAGUUGACUUGUUGUUCUUAUUUGAUAUCGUAUGAUACAAAAGAGCUAGAUGGCAUGAGAAAGUGUGGCGGUAGACCAUAGUUGAAGCCUAAGAAAGCUUUCGUUUUAGUUAUUUCAGGAUAAAUCUAUAACUUAAAGCAUAUACAUCCAUGAUGACUUGUUCUUUACUU